UCAUAGCAAGCAAAACCAUGUUGAAGUUGCAUUUUGAAGCAUUCAGUUUAAAAUAUGGCUUUUGUGUCACUUAUGGUUUUGGUAUGGAUUAUUGAAGAGAAUAAGAACAGCGGGAAAGUAGAAUAACUGUGGUGUUUGUUGCUGACAUUUAGAUCACAUUCAACAAACUGACAGUCAAAGCUAAACAAAUCUACCAGUCAACUAGUCACAGGCACUGUUCAUGGCGAAGUUUCCAGUGAGAGAUUUAGCUAGUACUCUCUUUUAUCACAGAAUUAUCUUUUUCUGCAGCUUCUACAAUUUGUUUCCCUUUCUUCAACCUACCUAUGGCAAGGCCAGGGAACAAGAUCAUUCAAGCCAAGCUGGUACUUCUCGGAGACAUGGGAACUGGAAAGACCAGUUUAGCGUUGAGAUUUGUAAAAGGCCAAUUCUUUCCUAACCAGGAACCAACAAUAGGAGCUGCUUUUUUCACCCAAAUAUUAUCAUUAUCUGAAGCAACUGUGAAGUUUGAUAUAUGGGACACAGCAGGACAGGAACGGUAUCAUAGUUUGGCUCCCAUGUACUACCGUGGCGCAGCAGCAGCAAUUGUUGUCUAUGACAUCUCAAGCGUUGAUACAUUUGUUCGAGCAAAAAAAUGGGUUCAGGAAUUGCAAACACACGGAAAUCAAAAGGCGGUGAUGGCAUUAGUAGCAAACAAAUCUGACUUAGAGCCAAAGAGAGAGGUUGAAGCUGAGGUAGGAGAGCAAUUUGCUCAAGAGAAUGGAAUGUUCUACAUGGAAACAUCUGCUAAGACUGCAGAGAACAUCAAUGAGCUUUUCUAUGAGAUAGCAAAAAGAUUAGCUAGAGCUUUACCACCAAAGCCUACCGGAAUGAAUUUGAACAGCGUUGUACAAGAUAGAGGGAGAAGUUAUUAUUGUUGCUCAGCUUGAUAUUCUAUGUAAUCAAAUCACAGAAUGUGCCAAGGUACCUUUGACAUCGUUCUUCUGUAAUACACUGACCACUUAAUAUUCCUUCCAAGUUGGGUGACUUUUUUUCUUCUUCAUAUAAAGAAAUCUCAUGUGUUCAAAUCAUUGAUUGCGUAUUUGAAUUCUAGGAUCACUCAUUAUCCCUUGAAA